UUGCUGAGCAGCGUGAAGGCAGAAGCGACCGAGCCGGAGCGGAGGGAGACUGGAGGAGCCCACACAUGAAUGUUGUUGUAGCGGAAAAUACCUUUGCUGCACUUUCACACGCUGCAACCUCUGAUUUUAAAAAAUAACCACAAUUUCCUCUCGGUGCUGACCGAGAGGAAGGACCACGCAGAGAGGAAUUAAAACAGGUUCUUUUUUCUCACGAAGGAGAAGUUUGUACGUGGAGUUUGGAGAGUAGUUUCGGGUAGGCUGACUGAGCUAGUCUGGCUGCCCGCUGCGUCUCCCUCCUGCCCGGCCAGCCAGCCUUAAGUUAGCCCGCUGCCCGUCUCAACCUCCAGCUGUUAGUGAACAUGGCGCUAAAAGCCAGGGUGCUAUACGACUUCAGCUCUGAAAACCCCGGGGAGGUGUCGGUGAAGGAGAGCGAAAUCCUCACUUUGUACAGCGAGCAGGAUAUUGACGGCUGGUUUGAGGGGGUGAACAGCAAAGGGGAGAGGGGUCUGUUCCCCGCGUCCUACGUGGAAAUCCUAAGGACCGACACCGCCUCCACGCUCAACAAUAACAGCUGCAGCACAUCUGGGGACGCUAAGCCUGACUCGCGAUAUGCAAACAUCCCCCCCGAAGGUUUCGACGGCUCUUACAAGCCUCAGAAUAAAGUUGACAACUUUACACAACCGUCUGCUCCUAGUAUCGCCUCUUUCUCAGCCCCCACACAACCACCACCACCACAGCAGCAGCAGCAGCAGCCCACUUACCAGCAGCCCAGCCAAGGCAGCGAUGAUGACUGGGAUGAUGACUGGGAUGACAGCUCCACUGUUGCAGAUGAGCCUGGGACUGUUGGUGGAGGGUAUCAUGACUUUGCAGGUAAUCGAGCAUCCACUUAUAGAGUGUCAACAUCCUCAAUGUCAAGAGGUAACGCACAGCAAGCUAAGAGCUCUGCCACAGUCAGUAGAAACCUCAACAGGUUUUCCACCUUUGUGAAGUCAGGAGGAGAGGCGUUUGUGCUUGGGGAGGCCGCAGGCUUUGUGAAAGAUGGGGACAAAAUCUGCGUUAUAAUGGGUCAGUAUGGCCCUGAGUGGCAGGAGAACCCGUACCCAUUCGCUUGUUCAAUUGACGACCCAACUAAACAGACUAAGUUCAAGGGCAUGAAGAGCUACAUGUCCUACAAGCUGACCCCCACCCACACACAGAACCAGGUGAACAGGAGGUAUAAGCACUUUGACUGGCUGUACGCUCGGCUGGUGGAGAAGUUUCCCGUCAUCUCAGUGCCACACAUCCCAGAGAAGCAGGCCACGGGGCGCUUCGAGGAGGACUUCAUCUCCAAGAGGAGGAAAGGCCUCAUAUGGUGGAUGAACCACAUGAUCAGCCACCCUGUCCUGGCCAGGUGUGAUGUGUUCCAGCACUUCCUGACCUGCAACAGCACAGACGAGAAGGCCUGGAAGCUGGGGAAGAGGAAGGCUGAGAAGGACGAGAUGGUUGGAGCCAACUUUUUCCUCACCAUCAGCCCCCCUGCUGCUCCGCUUGACUUCCAGGAGGUCGAGAGCAAGAUAGACGGAUUCAAGACUUUCACCAAAAGGAUGGACGACAGCGCCUUUCAGCUCAACGCCACGGCCAACGAGUUUGCCCGCAAGCAGAUCACUGGCUUUAAGAAGGAGUAUCAGAAAGUGGGGAUGUCAUUCAAGGUCCUCAGCCAAGCCUUUGAAAUGGACCAGCAGGCUUACUCUUCGGGACUCAACCAGGCCAUCUCCUUCACUGGAGAUGCGUACGAAUCCAUCGGAGAGUAUUUUGCCGAGCAGCCCAGCAAAGAUCUCGACCCCAUCAUGGAUUUGUUAGCUCUUUACCAAGGACACCUGGCAAACUACCCAGACAUCAUCCAUGUCCAGAAAGGAGCCUUGACGAAGGUGAAGGAGAGCCAGAAGCAUGUGGAGGAAGGCAAGAUGGACCGGGCGCAGGCAGAAGGCAUCGACAACCGCUGCAACAUCAUCUCCGUCGCCACGCUGGCGGAGAUCCAGCACUUCCACCAGAUCCGCGUGCGCGACUUCAAGGCCCAGAUGCAGCAUUACCUGCAGCAGCAGAUCGCCUUCUUCCAAAAAAUCACAGGCAAGCUGGAGGAGGCUCUGCAGAAAUAUGACAACGCGUAAAUGAUCGCUGGUUCCAGGCCCUCACUUUAGACCUCGGUGACCAAUGACUCGGCAGCUCCUUCAGCCAGCCAACAGCAGCACAUACUGGUGAAGGCUGUUCACCCAGCAGGGAGGGACAUUCAAGAUGAUGCACUCCAAUAAAAACAUUUCAGCAAAAACCCAGGGUUCUGUGUGCGUUGGCCACAUUUUAGCUCACCUGGAUGUUCUUGUGUUAGAAGAAGACUGUCAUUUAACGAAGAACGGCCAUCUUGUUAUAGACAGUCAUAGUUUAAAGGAGAUUCAAUUAUAGUGAUGGUGCAACAAUGGUCUGUAUGUUGUUAGAGGAAAGCUCGUAUCGGGUGCUGCGUACAGUCCCAGUGCAACAUUUCACGUUUCAUGUUGAUGAGCGACUGCCACUGCAGGAGCGGCUGACACCUUGCCUUCUGGGAACACUCAGCCCUUCCUGGUAUCUCUCUAUUCUUGGACGAACUGAACACAAUGUUUACGGUGUCGCUGUGCCUUCUGAUUACAUCACUCUGGUCAUUUUUGUUACUUGUUCUUAACAAGCUUUAUAUACUGUAUAUGUAGAAAUAUAUUCUAUUUGUUUUUACAAAGCUACACAUUUUGCCAGUCUUUGAAGAAAAAAAAAGAUCACUGUGCUUUGAAAGAGGGCCGUGUCUUUUAUGGGAGACAGUAAUGUUCGAUUGUGGGGUUUUCCCCCCCUAACAGUGGACCCUGGGGUGAUUUUCAACUCUCACAGUACAGCAAAAACAGAGAGAGGUGAACCUGCUUUGACUAAAGGAACCCAUGCCUCACACGGGGGCACAGCCUCACACGGGGGAACAACCUCACACGGGGGCACAGCUUCACACGGGGGAACAGCCUCACACGGGGGCACAGCCUCACACGGGACAAAGCCUCACACGGGGACACACCCUCACACGGGACACAGCCUCACACGGGACACAGCCUCACACGGGGGCACAGCCUCACACGGGGCACAGCCUCACACGGGGGCACAGCCUCACACGGGGCACAGCAAGAAACCGCAGUAUUUAAGGGAUGAGUUCAAUGGACACUUGUCAUGUCGGAUAUCUGAUUCUGUGUCGACAAAAUGUUGUUUUUCAGGGUUUGUUUUUGGUGUAGUGCUGAGGCUGUUAGAGGGUAGCGGGUUCCUCACCUUUUUAAAACACACACUUUUAGACGGAUCAUCUGCAGUUUUUAACCUUCAUGGUGUUGGCUGCAUCCUAAAGAGAUUAUCAAAAUAAAUUCCUCCUUCACAGAAAGCUGUUUGUUGGUCCUGUGUUUUGUCCAGUAUUUCAAAUAACUGAUCUUUUGUAGUUGUGAGUGAGAUUUAGACGAAUACUCUGAAUACAGUCAACAACAACUCAGGGAAAAAGACAAUAAAAAGCCGAUCAUGCUGACAAGUUAAUUUGCCUUUUAACGUUCCGUCAACCCAUGUAAUGUAGCAACUGUCCCACUUCAUACUGGCAGAAGCCCAACGAAAGGGCUGUGGCUCUGCAGGUUUCCUCGGCUGCAUCCCUGGAGGACUGGUGAGCCGUGUCAGUGUUUCAUGCUAAGCUCACGCUCCGCUCGCAGAUCUGCUGACUGUGCAAAGCCCGGCCAGCCAUCUGGGACAUCUGGCCUCUGUUAAAAGUGCCGGAGCGAAUGACUGUGACCUCGUAGACAAUGAAAAAGGUCAGAACAUAUUUUUCUCAUUAGCUGUCAUCUCCACCACUUAUCAACAAGAUAACCAAAGUGCAGACCAUUGCUUAAUGGAAAUAACGCGUCCACAUCUUGUUUUAUUUGCAUGUCAACAGUUAUCUCCAAUGCUGAUGCCUUGUUUACCAACUUGAGGAGAAUCCACUCUGCAGCAGGGUGUUUUUUGCCCGAUGAGAAUCCAAAUGGACAGAUGUGAUGUGGAGCAGAAGAUAACAAAGAGACGCAGCUUAUAUCACCUCUGGAUCUUAAGAGGCAGCCUCCCAGUUCUGUAAAUAUGUUUCUAUGUUAAUACCAGCAGAUUAUCCAUCAAGACCCCUGCUCUGCCCUCUGCUGCCACUGCUUGAAAUCUGAAUUCCGAAACAUUGAUAGAAAAUGUUGCGAGCUGCAUAUUCCCCGAGGUUUCUUAUCGAUAGAUGUUUUGUCAUGCCACUAUCAAACGUUUUCAGAUGUUUCGCUGUAUUAGUGAACACUUUGACCUGCUGGUGGUGCUCCAAACAUCAGGGGAUCACCAAAGUCGUCAUAGUUUCUCUUUUUGGCUCUAAGAAUAAAUGUUCCAAAUUCCAUGGAAAUGACGCUAAAGGAGAAUUCUCUGAAUCUCUAAGUUCCAUCCUCACGCAUGUCUUUUAAACAAUGAUUAGCGAUGGCCAACAGGCCGACAUUGCCAUCUGUGGAGCUUCACCAUAGCAUGGCUAAUAAUAUCCUGUCAUGUGGGAACUAGGUCCGCUUGGAAACUCUCACCAUCUCUUUUUUGUUUCCUUUAUAUUGUAAUGUAUAUUCUGGUUUUCAUUUUCUACAUAAACUCAGCGAUAUGCACAGCGCCUGUAGUUACCUCAUCCCUCAGGCCUUCUGUCAAUACUGCCAACGCCCGGGGAAAUGGGUGCUCCUGUUUUUACAUUCUUCCCAGUUAUAAGCCAUGGCUGUUCUGAAUUAGUAAUACUGAUAAAUGUUUGCCAUACACACUUCAGAAUGAUCUUUUAUAAAACAAUCAAUAUUAAACCCGCAUAAGAUAAGA